AUGCCCUCUGCUUUGGGUUUGGCUUUGACUCUGAGCGCUUGGGCAAUUUCAAGCGUACUGUUUGCUACAUUAUCUAGCGCUCAAUACAGUGCAACGUACCUGCCCUCGAAUGUUCCUGCAAAAACAGAGCAAGGACAAGCAGGCACAAACCAAUGUGGGACUGCUUCUAGCCAGACCUCCGAAUGCCAAAAUGCGUACAUCAACUCUGUUACGGACUUCUGUCUCUUCGCUCCACCUAGUCCAGGUCCGGACUCUGUGAUCGGCAAUACGGAGGUAACCAAUUUGAAGAACUUCAUGCGCAUUCAUCUCAUACUUUUCGCACUGAACUUUAAGCGAAUCGAAGUUGCUUGGUGCAUACAGGAUGGCACGGGUGCUCGCCUCAUUCCAGAUGGUGCAAUUAAAGGCGCACACUUCGUCCAAACCCCAGACUUUGUUCAAGUUACAGGUAUAGGUGAUUUAACUUUACUUAAUAUCCCCGCCGGAGACGGAGGAGGAGAGCUGGACCCUCAUGGCGCUGACGGAAACGGCAAUCCCAUCGGCGGCCUGGUUUUCUCAUCUGCAUUUGGCCAGCUGGAGCAAAUUCACGAAUGGACGAAUUUUGUUUCAUCCGAUGAAUUCUGUGUCCGGGCAUGUAAACCCGGGCCUCUGGCGGCGACUUUUUGCCAACAUAUCUACGACGUUAUGGGAUGCGCAUGGAACAUGCCAGCAAAUUACGGCGAGGGCUUUGAGAACUGUCAAGGAGAUAGUGGAGAGCCCAUGGGUGUUUACGGGACGUCAACAUUCCACCAAGGAGAACCAGCGACACCCUCUGCACAUCCAAUUCCGCCAUCUUCCUCGUGCACUCCUUUCAAGACAAUUGGUAAUGGGCUCUUUUUUUCUGGAACCAGUAUCUCCGUGCCUGCCACGCCUACUCCCACCGAGUCCAGCUCUAAGCCCAGCUCGACAGGAUCAAAAAGUGGCACUACUACCUCUCCGAGUAACUCCCUUUCUGGGACCAGCCCUGCAGCAACAAGCUCUGAGACUAGCCCUGCAGCAACGACACCGACUGCGAGCUUGUCGGCCAGUAGUGCAACACGGAUCGUCGGGUGGGAACACCUCACUUUCACUAUGGGGCUAACAGCUGCCUCCACCAUCGCUGCCGUGCUCAUGGUGUGA